AAUGGAUGGAAUAUUUUUAAGAUAUCAUUAUGAUAAGAUGGAAAGCGUGUUGGGAGAAGAUUUAAAAUUUCAACUACAUUUAAAGAAGUGUGGUAUCGUUCCAAGUGAUAUUCCUUCCCCUUCGAAGGAUUUUCAAACGUUGUUCAAUGAAUAUAUAGUUAAGAGCCAAAUUUCAACAAUAGUUGAUAUUUUAUACGAAAUGAAUAAAUCGAAAUACGAAACAUUGGCGAACGAUAUGACAAAUACUUGGAAUUCUUUAAUAGACGACUGCAAAAAACAGGUACGAAAUAAAUUGGCUAAAAUUCAAAAGUUUGCCUUUUUUAAAGCGAAUUCAGCUUAUGUUAAAUUUGAAGAGAUAUCAACGUCAAUUCAAUUGGCAUCCUAUAAUUUGUCAUUGGGCGAUAGCAAUGAUCUAUUCUACGAUGAACGUGAAUUUCUGGAAACUAUAAACAAAGGGUGUAGUGAGAGGAUAUUGAUUUGCGGAGAUGCUGGUAUUGGUAAAACUUUUCACUCUUUAAAACUAUUAUACUUGUGGGCUUGUAAAAAUGAAUUAUUACAAGAUUAUCUAGUACUUUACGUUAAUCUUGGAGAUAUACAAAGUAACGAUAGUUUUGAAUCAGUUCUAUUCAAUACAAACUUUUCAAAAGAUUCACCAAUAACUAAACAACUACUCGCCUACUAUUUAUCGGAACAAUGCAAGGAUAAAAAGAGAAGAAUACUAUUACUGUUAGAUGGCGCUGAUGAGUUAAAAUUUAAAAAUUCCUAUUUUAAUUCUAUAAUAAAUGGAGAUAAGAGAUUAAAAGUUGACUUUUCAGUUAUUGUUUGGUCUAGAAAAUGGAGAAUAAAGUCGAUUAUGCAUACUUUUGAUUCUUGUUUUGAAAUUAAAGGUUUUAGCACAGUUCAAUUACUUGAAUUUUUUCAAAAUUAUUUCAACGAAACAAACAUUGACAAUACAUCAAAAGCUACUUCGAAACAGACAGAGGAAAAUGAUGAUUCAGCAAGAACAACUAAUUAUAAAAGUAAUAGAAAAUCUAAAAUUUUAUGGAACUUUUUAAAUGUUGAAAAGAAACAUAUUAUUGAAUUGUGUAAAAAUCCACUUUUUGCCUGUUUAACGGCAGGUAUUUGGGAUGAGAAACAAAAUAAAAUUCAUAAUAAUGAAUCAUCGAUCUAUAAAGAAGCGGUUGAGGUACUCUUUUCCAUUAAAGGCUUAUCAAUAAACCAUCCUAAUUACAAGAAAUUCUACGACCAAUGUUCAAAAUUGGCAUUUGAAAAUUUACUUUUUAACACACCAAUCGUAAUAAAUGAUAUUCAACUGGAUUCUGAAUUAUUUGCUGGUAUAAUAAUUCCAUUAGACGAAAGACAGGAGAAUAAAGAAGAAAUCAACAAGUAUAAAUUCAUUCAUUUCCUAUUUCAAGAGUAUUUUACAGCUCAAUAUAUUAUUGAACAAUUCAAUAACGAAAUGAAUGAUAACAACGAUUAUUCAAACAAUUCAAUUUCAAUGAUUAUAAGAGAUUUUAAAAAUCUAUUCCUAUUAAAGAACGUUUUGAUUUUUAUUAGGGAAAUUAAUGAUAGAAUCUUUUCGGAAAUUGCUAAAAUUAGAGAUGAUACAUUCCUUGUUCUAGAAUCGGAAGAAAUUUAUAAACUUAUCCGAUGUAGGCCUAAUGUAAUUAAUUUAAAAAAUAUUUCACUUUCAACAGUUACGUGGAAAACAAUUAUAUAUAUUUAUAAUGCAAAUAUAACGGAUAUCAAUUUUAAAUAUGUAAAAUUUCAAUUUCAACAAUUGUUGAAUUUAUGUUCAGAACAUUUGAAAAAUUCACUUAAAGUAUUAAAAAUUCAAUACGUCGCUGAUGAAGAAGAAGAAGAUCUUUGCACUAUUGAAAAUACUAUUGAAAAUUUAUUAAAACUAGAGAUUUUACAUUUAAAAGAUGUACCUUUUAAAAAGUCAAUUAAUUCACCUAUAGAAUUGGUUAGCGUUUUAUUAAUUGAUUUUCAAAUGAAUAAUUGUAAUAUUCGAUGUUUUGGUAAUGACAAAAUCAACUUUACAUGCCCUAAUAUUAAAAGAAUUGAUCUAACAAGAAAUGAUUUUAAUGGUAAGUUCAAUUAG